GUCGACAUUUAUGAAUCAAGUCACGUCUAACCAAUUAACGGUGGCCAAAUCAGGUGUACCGUUGAACAGUAGCCCGCGAAGCACAGUAACACACUGGCUCUCCUCCUAUAAAUUAUCUCAACCAUUCUUCCUCCAUUCUCCGCCCUACAAACCCAUCGCUCCCUCCUUCCUCUCUCCGCCCUCUGCACCACCGCAAGCCGAGGCGGUCCACUUGCAGGAGUUUUGGUUUAGAAGACACGAUGGCUGAUCGGCAACAGCACCCAAAUGUCAUGCAGAAGGUAGCUGGCCAGCUCCACCUCAAUUCUAGCCUGUCGCAGGACACUCAAAUACGUUAUGGGGGCUUCCAAAGGUCUUCUACUUACCAGAGACGUUUUGCAUAUGGGAAUUAUGCUAAUGCAGGAUUGCAGUAUCCCAUGCCCUCGGCAUGUCAAGCUUCCUGUGAUUUGUCAUCAGUUGCCCCAGCUGUUUCGCCUGUGUUUGUCCAAGCUCCUUCAGAGAAAGGAUUUGCUGGAUUUGCCAUUGAUUUUCUUAUGGGUGGUGUUUCUGCUGCUGUGUCCAAAACAGCUGCUGCUCCCAUUGAGCGUGUCAAACUUUUGAUCCAAAACCAGGAUGAAAUGAUUAAAACUGGUCGUUUGUCUGAACCCUACAAGGGUAUUGGAGAUUGUUUCAGCAGAACAAUGAAAGAUGAAGGAAUUGUAGCAUUGUGGAGAGGGAACACAGCUAAUGUCAUUCGUUACUUCCCCACUCAGGCAUUGAACUUUGCAUUCAAGGAUUACUUUAAGAGGCUAUUUAACUUCAAGAAAGACCGGGAUGGCUACUGGAAAUGGUUCGCUGGUAAUUUGGCAUCUGGUGGGGCUGCUGGUGCUUCUUCCCUGCUUUUUGUCUAUUCCUUGGAUUAUGCAAGAACCCGUCUUGCUAAUGAUGCAAAGGCUGCGAAGAAGGGAGGUGAGAGGCAAUUCAAUGGUUUGGUUGAUGUCUAUAGGAAGACUCUCCAGACAGAUGGUAUUGCUGGGCUUUACCGUGGAUUCAACAUUUCAUGUGUUGGUAUCAUUGUGUACCGUGGUUUAUAUUUUGGCAUGUAUGAUUCUUUGAAACCCGUGAUCCUGACUGGAAAGUUGCAGGAUAGUUUCUUCGCUAGCUUUGCUCUUGGUUGGGUUAUUACAAAUGGUGCUGGACUCGCCUCCUACCCCAUUGAUACCGUUCGCAGAAGGAUGAUGAUGACGUCCGGAGAAGCUGUCAAGUACAAGAGCUCACUCGAUGCGUUCUCUCAGAUCCUUAAGAAAGAAGGUGCCAAAUCUCUCUUUAAGGGUGCUGGUGCAAACAUCCUCCGUGCAGUUGCCGGUGCUGGUGUGCUCGCCGGUUACGACAAGCUUCAGGUGAUUGUUUUUGGAAAGAAGUACGGUUCUGGUGGGGCUUAAUUGACACUAUAUUGAGCCUUCAACCCCUUUACCGUGGAUGGUGAUGAAAAUCUUUUUGCUUUUCCAUUUUUAAUUAAGAAUUUAUUCAGAGCAAAUUUUACUUCCAUUGAAUAACUUAGUCUAGAGGGGAGUUUUUUUUCUCCCGAACAUAAUUGUUAUCGAUUGUUGUUAUUGUGGGGGUUUAUCUCCAAAUCAUUUAUUCCCAAUUGAAGCAUUUUUGUUCCCAUCAAUAUGAUUAUUAAAAGAGGUUGCAGUUGUGCCCUAUUAAUCCA